AUGGCAACCAAAGAGGGCAAACAGUGGUGGGAUCCAUAUCAAACAUCUAAUAGAAGACAAUUCGUCUACCGGCCAAAGUCGGCUGCAGAGAUUCUGGUGAGCCCAACGUCAACUUCAUUUAUAGACUCCUAUUCACAGUCUGGACCUUUUAGUUCAACAGUGUACAACAAGGAUUUUAGCUGGAAGCCACCCUGUAAACCUGAAUGCAUUCGCACAGGAACAUCUUCGGGGCAGAGGAGAAACAACCCGCAUCCCAGUCAGUCCUUCAUGAAGUGGAGGCUGCCUAGGGAUAACGCACAAAACUCUGAGUAUGUCGGCUUCCCUUGGAAAUGUCCCCCAUCUGAGGGAGAGAUCCGUGAGGCCCUGACAGCACAGUACAGCUCCAUCUACAGAUGUGACUACAUGGGUAUGCCUCAAGGACAUGAUCUUAUUAAUAAAGGAGAAGGAAGACUUGAACCCCGGUACAGCAGGCCUGAAAUGCUGCUUUCUACUGAUACUGAAAUGAGGGACAAUUAUCGCCAGCCAAAGCAAAGGCUUGAACUGCUGGGCAACUACUCUCUCUACAGCUGCACAGAGCCUAACGUGGCACGUCCUGGUAUAGUUCCAACUGUUGUGCAGAGACACACUCAGCAAAAAAGAUCAGAUUUGACAAACUACGACAGGUUUUGUGGAAUGAGAGUCACUAAUGUCACAAAUAUGAUCAAGUCUCUGCUGCCCGAGGAGCUGCAGCAGUUACACAGAACUUUACCCGAGGAGGAAAAGGAGGCUAUAACAAAAGUGAGUACAGAUGCUUAUCCAAACUAUAGGGAUGAACUAAAUAAACUCCCACCAGUUGUGCUUCAUUCCUGCUCACCAAAGUGGAUAUCAAGUUGGCCAGGACCCCUCUAAAUCGUAUUGCUUAUGGUAUUAAUAAUGUGUCUUUGUAUUUUGGGUUUUUAUGUAAUUUCGUUCCAUGUAAUAAACUAGAAUGGUGCACUCAGCAGAGUGCACAUUUCACCAGGUGUAGGUGUGUCUGUAAUAACCACUCCCCAUCUAAACACUA